CACUUAUCCUCUGAUGAAGUGACUCUUUGUACUCAAAAUGUAACAUUGACUUAUAAAUGUGCAACUAAGCCGAAAGAAAAACACUUGGCCUUCAAAUUGGCCAGAGAAAAAAGAUUUUGAUCAACAAGCAAGUUUUAGUACUUUAUACGAGGCUAAAUUUUGAAGCCAUUCAUUCAUUCAUCACUAAACGAACCAAAAGAAAAGAAAACUUACAUUUUUUAUUACAAACCCAAGUUUCAUCAACAAUGUCUGGAGCUUCAGAAAGGUUAACAACAUUUGGAGUUCUGCACCAAACAUAUAAUAUACCGCGUCUCUGUUUUUUGUCUACGAUUUUCCUUUUUUAGGCUCUUUUGAUGAAUAAACAUAUUUGCAUGCAUAUGCAUAUUUGCAGAUAUGCAAUUGUAACAGGGGCGAAUAAGGGGAUUGGAGUAGAGAUAGUGAGACAAUUGGCCUUGAAUGGAGUUAUUGUGAUCUUAACAGCAAGAGAUGAGAAAAGGGGCCUUGAAGCUUUGGAGAAACUCAAAGAGAAAGAGAAAAACCUCUCUCACAAAGUGCUUUUUCACCAGCUCGACGUGGCUGAUCCAGCUAGCAUUGUUGCUAUGGUUGAUUUCAUUAAAACACAUUUCGGCAAACUUGAUAUUUUGGUGAACAAUGCAGCCAUUGGUGGAACAGAAGAAGACGUACAUGCAAUUAUAGCUUCUUUAAAUGCUAAGACCCCAAAAGAAGGUGAUAUUAAGAAAACUACUCAAACUUAUGAGUCAGCCAAAGAAUGCAUGCAAAUCAACUAUUAUGGUGCUAAAAAAACUGCUGAAGAGCUUAUUCCCCUUCUCCAGUUAUCCGAUUCGCCACGAAUUGUUAAUGUUUCUUCUACCAUUGGAAAACUAAAGAAUAUAUCAAAUGACUGGGCUAAAGGUGUUCUUAGUGAUGCUGAGAGUCUAACAGAGGAUAGAAUUGAUGAAGUGAUAAGAGAGUUUCUGAAAGAUUUCAAAGAAGGUUCAUUGGAAACCAAAGGCUGGCCUAGUAUUAUGUCCCCAUAUAUUGUCUCAAAAGCAGCCCUUAAUGCCUUCACAAGGGUACUAGCAAAGAAGUACCCCAACUUUAUUAUCAACUGUGUAUGCCCUGGCUUUGUGAAGACAGAGAUAAACUUCAACGCCGGUAUCUUACAGCCUGAAGAAGGCGCUGCGAGUCCAGUAAGGUUAGCAUUGCUUCCAAAUGAUGCACCUUCAGGCCUCUUCUUUGAUCGGUCACAGGUUUCGUCUUUUUGAUUGGAGACACUAAAAACAAUGAAAAACAGUGGAACUUUGAUUAUGCUUGUCUAGUUCACUAUUAAUUAGUAAUCAUGGUAUUCUCUAUGGUUAGUUAUAUAUGUUGUAAAAGAGAACAGCAAUUCAAAUGUUUUAUUGCAUGUUUCAUUAGAUGUAAUGAGCUUGCAACAGAUUGAUGUUGGAACUUUGCUACAAAUUAAAUUUUAUAUGAGAUAUUAUAAUCA